GGUGCUCCCGUCAUUCAGCAACGCCAGUGGCCCACGAUGAAUCGUCCCGUGCAGAUGUCUGUCCUCUGGUUCCGACAUGGUCUGCGCCUGCACGACAACCCGGCCCUGCUGGAGGCGAUCUCGGGCCCGCCGUCCAUGUUCUUCCCAAUCUUCAUUUUCGACGGGGAAUCAGCAGGCACAAAGGUGAUUGGGUUCAACCGGAUGCGGUUCCUGCUCGAGUCCCUGGCAGAUCUGGACCGCCAGUUACGGAGCGUAGGAGGCCGACUGUGGCUCCUUCGCGGAGACCCAAGCAAGAUUUUUCAGCGGCUGUGGGAGGAAUUGGCCCUGACUAAGGUGUGCUUCGAGCAAGACUGCGAGCCCAUUUGGAAUGAGCGAGACCAGUCGGUGCGGGCGACCUGCGCAGAAAGGGGUGUGCGCUGCGAGGAAUUCGUCUCGCACACCCUGUGGGACCCGAAGGCCGUCAUUUCUGCGAACGGAGGCUUGCCACCUCUGACGUACCAACUGUUCCUCCACACCGUGUCCACUUUGGGAGAGCCACCGAGGCCGGUUGAAGAUCCUGACUGGACUGGCGUUACUUUUGGAACGCUUCCGCCUAGGUUGAUGAAAGAAUUCCAGGUUUUUGAUGAAGUGCCAAAGCCAGAAUAUUUUGGGCUGUCCCAGCCAGGCUAUGGGUUGGUGCGAUGGAUUGGAGGGGAAACUAGGGCUCUCCAGCAUUUGAGGGAGCGGCUGAAUCAAGAGGAACAGGCUUUCCGGAAAGGGAUAAUCCUCCCUAAUCAAAGCAGACCUGACCUCCUCGGUCCACCAACCAGCCAAAGUGCAGCCCUGAGAUACGGCUGUUUGUCUGUGCGAAGAUUCUACUGGAACUUGCAUGACCUUUUCAAUGCGGUGAGCCAGGGUGACCCUCCAGCGGGACUUAAUAUCUCAGGUCAGCUAAUUUGGCGCGAGUAUUUCUACACAAUGUCCGUUUACAACCCGCACUAUGCUGAAAUGAGCGCCAACCCUAUCUGUUUGGACGUUCCCUGGGACAAAAACCCAACAUACCUGGAAAAGUGGAAAAAGGGCCAGACAGGAUUCCCUUUCAUCGAUGCGGCCAUGCGCCAGCUAGUCAGCGAAGGGUGGAUCCACCACGUGGCCAGGAAUUCCGUCGCCUGUUUCUUGACUCGAGGAGACCUUUGGAUUUCUUGGGAAGAUGGCCUCGCCUUCUUCCUCGAACAUUUGAUAGACGCGGACUGGUCGGUGUGUGCUGGAAACUGGAUGUGGGUGUCCAGCAGCGCCUUUGAGCAGCUUCUUGACUGUUCAAAGUGCUUGUGCCCUGUCAACUACGGCCGCAGACUUGACCCCUGGGGAGAAUAUAUAAAGCGGUAUGUUCCUGAGCUGCGGAACUUACCUGUGGAGUACUUAUACGAGCCGUGGAAAGCGCCUCUUGAUGUGCAGAGGGAUGCUGGUUGCAUCAUAGGAGACCACUAUCCAGAAAGAAUCGUGGACCAUCAAAGAGCCUCCAACCAAAACAGACAGUACAUGGAGAAUAUCAGAAACAGCUUGUUGGAACAGCCAGCUCACUGUUGUCCUUCAAACCAAGACGAAGUGCGUCAGUUUAUGUGGCUUCCUGACGAGUGCGUUGGCCAUAUUACAGCGAAAAUUGCAUAAGGAUUCGUCUCCAACUGCAAUGCAGUGGAAUCUCACAAUGUUAUUGAUCUCUAUUUGAAUUAUAAAUGGGUUGUUAGCUUGUCAUUUUAAAUAAAUGUUUAACGACGCGGUUGUCAUCUUUGUAAUUUAAAAUUAUAAUUGAUUGCGUUGCUUUGAUCAGAAUGAUUUUGUGCUGAAAAGAUAAAUGUGUCUGAUAAAACCAUUGCCGUUUAAUGUAAUGUGUUGCACGUUUGUCUAAAAAUAUUUGAUGUUGAAAUAAGUACUUGUCAAGCCAAAAAUAUACACUUUUAGUUUAUUUAGAUCUGUAAUAUGUGAUUUAAACUUAAAUAAAGAAUGCCAAAAUAAAAUGCA